CUUCGGGUCAUUGCAUUUUUUCAAGCACUUGUUACGGUCUAACUGCAAUCAUAAACACGGAUCAUUGUCCAGGCUCCACGAUGUCGCCCAGAAGUGACAAUUACUACCCAGGGGCAGUACUUAUCAGAGUCAGUGCGACUUAAAGUUCUCUUUUGCGCAGAAACACCACACGCAGUUGGAGUAGAUACUCUUUUUUCUUAGUAAUAACUGACUCCUCUGAGAAAAGCCAAGCCAUUUGCCAAGCUCAAGGCCCCGUUGAAAUAACUUACGAGUCUCACUGAUCGCGAGAUUAGACUGUUAAAGACAACGGAUCUGAUCUUCCUUUAAUAAUGGAAAAAUUCGUUUGGCUGCUGUGGAAUGUGGCAAUUCCCUUGUUAAUCCUUUUUAGAGGAGUCACUGCCUUUGGCGGAGAUGGUUCGUUGGUUUCUCAUUCUCAUUCUACCGGCUCCACUGAACCCAAAAGUGGACAGCUUGGAAUAUCGAGUCGACUGCCAUCCACAACCCAAUUAAUUCGCUCAAGCACACCAUCCCUCACAACCGACCACACUGAAGACCUCUUGUUUGUCUCGUCAGUUGUUGGGUCGAAGUCAGCGAAUACGACAAAUUUUUACAACGAUGGCUUCACUCCAAAAUCGAGCUUGAAUGCAGGACCGAAAAAAAGCUAUGCACCAUUUGUGACUAGCAAGUCAACACAGAAAAUUCAAGUCGAAUCUUUAGCCUUAAAAAGUGUCUGGCAGAAUGGUGAGGCUACAUCCACCGAAGAUAAAACCUACCCCUCCUCCUUCACCUUUACCUCCUCCUCUUCUUCGUCUUCCUCUUCAACCCCCCUGCUGCUGUCCCCAUCCUCACCCUCUCCUUUACGCUCCUUCCCAUUCACCACUCCAAUCUCAUCCUUUCCAUCAGCAUCGUUUUUAUUCACGUCCCUCUCAUCAUCUCCAUCUUCCUCGUCAUCAAACAUAUUCCCCUCGUCAUCAAACAUAUUCCCCUCGUCCUUCUACUCUCCCCCCUUUUUCUCAUCUUCAUUCUCGCGGCCAUCCUUCCCUUUCUUUUCCUCUCCCGUCUCCUCUGAUAUCUCCUCGUCAUUAAGCUCAUCUUCGUCCCUCUCACCAUCACCUUCGUCUUCCUAUUCGUCAACCUCCCCCAAGGUAUCAUCCUCCUUCUCUCCAUUGGUUUCUUCGUCAACAUCGACAUUAUCAUCUUCUCCAUCUCCCUUACUCUCAUCAUUGUUAGCAACCUCUUCCUUCUCCUCACCAACAGUUUUUUUACCGACACCAGCCUCUUCGUCACUCUUAUUUUCCAACUCAUCAUCAACAUCAUCAUCGUCAUCAUCAGUUUUACCGUUCUUGUUUUCAUCUUUGUCCUUGUCGCCAUCCCUAUCUUUCAACUCUACCUUCACCUUAGCCUCUUCGUCAUCAUCAUCCUUAGCUUCCUUUAACUCGUUUGCAUCAUCAUCCUUGCCCAGUUCUUCGCCGCCAUCCUCCUCCUCCUCCUUCGGCCCCUUAUUAUCAUCAUCGUCCGUGUCUUCGCCCCCUUCACCUUCCUUAUCUUCCUCUUCAUCAUCUUCCUUCUUGUUUGUAUCAUCUUCUUCAUUAUCAUCAACUACAUCAAUGUACUUUGAAUCGACCACGAUGGUGAUUCGUACCAGUGGUACAGAAAAACCCACCAGUCCAACACCCAGUAAAAUGUGGAGAGCAAAGCUUACAAUCAUAAACAUGGAAUUUACUGAGGGAUUAACCGAUCCUUCUUCGGAAGAGUUUGCGAAAUUAGCAAAUGAUUUAGAAGACGUAUUGGACAAUAUUUUUAAAGAAGUAUCUGGUUUUCUUUUCGUGAAAGUUGUUAACUUUACGAAAGGAAGCAUCGUAUGUAAUUACCUUAUUCACACGAACUUGGAAUCUACAGCAACAUCGGAUGAGUUUAAUAAAAUCUUGUCAGAAAAGAGAGGAAAAAUCGGAAAGUUUGAGAUAGAGACAUCUUCAUCGCCAUUUUCAUCUUCGUCUUCGCAUUUCUCCUCCUCGUCAUCAUCAUUGUUGUCAAUGUCCUCGUCGCCGUCUAUUCCCCCGUCGUCGCCAUCUUCCUCCUCCUCCUCAUCAUCAUCAUCAAUGUCACCAUCUCCAUCAUCGAUGAUAUCGAUUUCCGCUUGGUCAUCUUCCUCGUCAUCAUCAUCGUUGUCAAUGUCCUCGUCGCUGUCUAUUCCCCCCUCGUCGCCGUCUUCCUCCUUCUCCUCCUCCUCCUCAUCAUCAUCAUCAAUGUCACCAUCUCCAUCAUCGGUGAUAUCGAUUUCUGCUUGGUCAUCUUCCUCGUCAUCAUCAUCGUUGUCAAUGUCCUCGUCGCUGGCUAUUCCCCCGUCGUCGCCAUCUUCCUCCUCCUCCUCCUCCUCAUCAUCAUCAUCAUCGAUGUUACCAUCUCCAUCAUCGAUGAUAUCGAUUUCUGCUUGGUCAUCUUCCUCGUCAUCAUCAUCGUUGUCAAUGUCCUCGUCGCUGGCUAUUGCCCCGUCGUCGCCAUCUUCCUCCUCCUCCUCCUCCUCCUCAUCAUCAUCAUCAUCAUCGAUGUUACCAUCUCCAUCAUCGAUGGUAUCGAUUUCUGCUUGGUCAUCUUCCUCGUCAUCAUCAUCGUUGUCAAUUUCCUCGUCGCUGUCUAUUCCCCCGUCGUCGCCAUCUUCCUCCUCCUCCUCCUCCUCCUCCUCAUCAUCAUCGUCAUCGAUAUCACCAUCUCCAUCAUCGAUGAUAUCGAUUUCUGCUUGGUCGUCUUCCUCGUCAUCAUCAUCGUUGUCAAUUUCCUCGUCGCUGUCUAUUCCCCCGUCGUCGCCAUCUUCCUCCUCCUCCUCCUCAUCAUCAUCAUUAUCAUCGUCAAUGUCACCAUCUCCAUCAUCGGUGAUAUCGAUUUCUGCUUGGUCAUCAUCAUCGUUGUCAAUGUCCUCGUCGCUGUCUGUUCCCCUGUCGUCGUCAUCUUCCUCCUCCUCCUCCUCAUCAUCAUCAUCAUCAAUGUCGCCAUCUCCAUCAUCGAUGAUAUCGAUAUCUGUUCGGUCAUCAUCGUUGCCCUUCUCAUUCCUACAACGUCUUCCCUCAUCAACACCAUCCCCAUCAUCCUCGGCAGCACCGUCAAAGAAGUUUGUAUCAUCUCCUUCAUUAUCGUCAACUACAUCGAUGUACGUUGAAUCGACCACGACGGUGAUUCGUACCAGUGGUACAGAAAAACCUAUCAGUCCAACACCCAGUAAAGUGUGGAGAGCAAAGCUUACAAUCAUAAACAUGGUAUUUACUGAGGGAUUAACCGAUCCUUCUUCGGAAGAGUUUGCGAAAUUAGCAAGUGAUUUAGAAGACGCGUUGGACAAUAUUUUUAAAGAAGUAUCUGGUUUUCUUUUCGUAAAAGUUGUUAACUUUACGAAAGGAAGCAUCGUAUGUAAUUACCUUAUUCACACGAAAUUGGAAUCUUCAGCAACGUCGGAUGAGUUUAAUAAAAUCUUGUCAGAAAAGAGAGGAAAAAUCGGAAAGUUUGAGAUGGAGACAGAGGAAGAAGAAGAAGAUGGCGUCGCGGCUGUUAAAGGGACACAACCACGAAAGGAUGAGUUUCCUUUAAAAGUGUUCGCUGCCGCAGCGUUUGGGGGUUUGGUAGUUAUGGUCAUUGGCUUCGUACUAUACAAGAAAAUCAGCCAAAAAAGAAGAGAGCGUGAGGGCUUUAAAAAUACAAAGGAUAUAUUUGCGUUGAACGACUUCAAUUCACCAAAUGAUAAUGAGGAGGAAGAAAGAGAGCUUGCCUCACAGAAAAUGCGAAUCAGUGUUUACGAAGACAAAGAGGAAGAUGAGGACGAAAUAACACCAUUUUGCAAACCUGGCGUCAAGAGAAUGAGUACUAUGUGAUAUUAAUUUAGCAAUUAAGCAAUUAUAAUUAUUUAAGUAAUUUGGAAGUCAAAAUUUCCCUUCUUGUUUUCAUCCAGUUAGCCAAUGAUGUCGCUUUGUAAUCAGCUUUAGAUAAAAAAAAGCGCUUGCUUUUGAUCUGUUAAAUUGCAACCAAUUAGGUGCAAGAUUUUUCCGCGCUUAAGGAUAAUCAAAUUUAUUAGCCUUGCAUUUUUUUGCGCUUUGGCUUUUUUUUUAAUAGGAAAAAACUGUCUUAGUGGAGCACAAGACCUGAGCAUCCGACUGUUUUAUUCGAAGGAUACGGAAAAAAGGUUGCUUAGCAACUAAAUACCAUCGAUGGAAGGAGUUCUUUAUGACGAGUUAGGAAGUAAUUGUUUUAAACGUUGUAUAGAAGACAACAUUUAAUUUUUAACAGUAGGUGUCCUUUUUAAAGGUAGUUUUAGACAAGAUGAUAAUUUUUAAGCAUAACUUAAGUUUCAUUUGGAAGGAAGUCGUUGGAGUCUAUUAUAGUUUGGAUUUGUUGCUUAUUUCUAGUUUUUUAUUGUUAAUUAGUUGCACCAAGAGUGGACAGACUACGUUCACUGAGGGUGAUCGGGUUUUCCUCAUUCAGUAGAAGCUACAUAUAAAAAUUUUAGGGAGCCAAGAAUGCAGCCUCAUAGAAGCAUAACAGCGUUGGGUAGACUUGAAAAAAAAUUAUGCAUAAUAAAGAAGACAUCAAACUGGA